GGGCCCCGCCGCCUAUAAAUUGGGUGCCCCGGCAGCCGCCGUGCCGGCGCGGAGGUGAGAGGUGUUGGUGUGGAGCCGGUUGCUGUGGCGUGCCCGGGGGUCCUGGUCCGGCUCGGCGAUGUCUGACCCAGCUCAGCAACCUGCUCCCGGGGCCCCUGAAGGGGGAGCCCCUGGUGGGGGCCCCCCUGGGCCACCCCCCAAUCUGAGCAGUAACCGCCGGCUGCAGCAGACGCAGGCCCAAGUGGAGGAGGUGGUUGAUAUAAUGCGUGUAAAUGUAGACAAAGUGCUGGAACGAGACCAGAAACUGUCAGAGCUAGAUGACCGGGCAGAUGCACUUCAGGCUGGUGCCUCACAAUUUGAAAGUAGCGCGGCAAAACUCAAAAGGAAGUACUGGUGGAAGAACUGCAAGAUGAUGAUCAUGAUGGGAGUGAUUUGUGCCAUUGUGGUGGUGGUGAUUGUAAUCUACUUUUUUACUUGAAUGUAGCUCCUUCAGUCUGCAGCCUACUGUCCCCUGUCACCUUGCCUGUCUCUUCUUGCCCCUGAAUCUUUCCUUCCCUUCCACCUAGCUUCUUCAUUGAUUUCUUUAUUGGUUUUAAUUUGUCUUCUGUAUAGACUCUGAAGCGCUCUAUUGAACAUGGUUAGACUCUUCAACAGCUGCUGCAGCUUUAGGGAGGGUCAUCUGAGUUUAAAGGAAAGGGAAGUAGAGGAGGAGUGGGUAGCUAAUGCUCCUGCUCUUCUGCAGGGAAUUUUUGUGGCUUGUUUUUGGGUGUGAACUUGUCAAAUAGUGCCUGUGUGGACUCUAGCAAAAUAAGAAUGCCUUAACGUAGUGCCUUUGGGGAUGAAGGACUCCAGCAUGUGAGAUUCUUUAGUAUUCUGCCUAAAAAGAGCAGCAGCAUGACUUAAGCUUUUCAUUGAGCUUCUGAAAUAAAGGCUAGUUUGUGUUGGUCAGUGGCUGUGAACCAUCUGACUGAGCUAGAUAUAGUCAUCUAGAUUUCUCUAGCCAUGGAGAGAUGAGCACUUAAAGAAACAAUUUAUUCUGCCUGUCCUUAUUUUCAGAUGACUUGCUGUCUGAACAUGGCCAUUUCAGUUAUUAUAAAGGAGAGCCUACAUGAUUACCUCAGUCAAGUGCAACAGACUAAGGAGUUUUGUAACUAUCUAGAAGGCAUGUGUGGGAGUAAAAUCUCCUGCCAGAAGGAACAAAAGAACAACAGUAAGGAGUCUGGUGAGGGGUGUCAAAUAUUCCUUUCAUCUAUGCAGACACAAGCCAGGACCUGUGGCUUUCUACUGUUUUGUAGCUUUCUGGAAGACUUUGGGGUAGUGGCAGAGUGGAAACGUUUUUCUUUUGUGUUACUGAGUUGAAUGUCAAAGGACUGGGGAUAUUCCAGAUGAGACUGAACGAGCCACACAGCUUUUUGAUUAUGAAUACCUGUUCUGUUUCUGCUACUACAAAGUCCUAACUUGCAGCAGGAGUUAGAAAAUACUUGGAAUGGUUAGCUAGGGAUUCAAAGGGAAAUGCUGCUCUGGGCAUGGGUAUUACAAUGUGACAUCAGAUGUCCCAGUUUGGCAGCGCAGAUCUCUAGAGAUCUUGCCUAUCAAACUGAAAUCCUCCUACUUGCUAUGGGUUCUCUAAUUUAGAUCCAAGAUGGUAUCUGCUAAAAGUAAACUUGCAGCAUGGAAUGCUGUGGCUUCCUGUAAGCAAUCCCCUUGUUCUCCUCCUUCAAAAAUAGCAGGAGCUGUGAGUUGCUUAAGUGUGUUGACAAACCUGGGGUUAAAUGAGCUGCCCUGUUCCUCAGUUUCUGCAGAGUCUUCUGAGGAAAGUGCAUCUUGUCUUUUCUUACAAGCUGGGCCUGUAAUCUAGACUGGAAAGAGGGCACUCCUUUAAUUUAGGAAGCUCUACCUGGGUUCUAGAAUACACUGGGAUCUGUCUAGGCUUAAGAGGAUGCGGGGAGGCAGGGGAGUGAAGUACAAAAGCUGUGAGGAGCAGAAGCUUGUUGUUUCAUUGGGUGUGCCAGGGAAUCCCCUUUCCUCCUCACAGGGCAUCUGGGAAGGGGCUAGGUUUUGCAUGCUCACUUCCAUGCCCCAGCAUUUCAUUUGCGCUGAGUUCAUCUCCCUGCAAUUCCAUCCCUGUCCACCUUGGGUGAGGGCAGAGAUGAAGAUCUGGAGUGAAGCAGCCCUCGUCCCCUGAGCACUUCCCUAAUUCCCUGUGGAACUGAGAUGUGAUGGACGGUCAGAAGUGCAUCUACUGAAGAGGAGCCAGGGCCUGCUUGUACUACUUACUGCUAUCAUUUUAGGGGGUGGGCAUACAAGCUUGAGGCCCCCAGACCAGCACUUCUCUUGAACUCUUCUAAACGAGCCUUUGGUGCCCCAUUCUUCCUGUUCCUCUGGGGGCUGAGGUCCCCCUAGGCUGUCUCUUCCAUUUCUUUCUCUUAGAUGUUGUAUGUUGCCUCUUCUUCUGUUCCCUUUCCCCUCCUUUGUGUCUCUAUGCAUGGGCAAGAAAAAUCACCAAGGCCCUCUGAGUAAAAGCAAGGGACUCUGCUGUCCACAGCAUUAUAGCCACUCACGCACGUGCAGUUUAUUUCCUUCCUCUAUAAACACAACUGUAAUCUCCUCUGGCAUGUUAUAGUAAUCAGCUCAUGUACUUUAAAUGGUCUCUAAGAAACACAAUUCACCACCUUA